UUGAUGGCAGGUUAGUUUAGUGUUCAUAGGACUGUGGGACAGACACGAGGCAGCACUCAGUGUUCUGCGUAUCCUGAUGGGAGCGGCGUCUCCUAUAGGCACAGUGGUUGGCAGGGGAUGUUGUUCCAGGAACAUACAUCAUAUUGUUGGCAGGGAAUUUUUCGAAUGUAGAACUAGUCUCUUCGAACGUUGGCAGGGAUUUCUCAAGUGGGAAUUAGUCUCAUUUGACGGUUUAUUGAGUUAAAGGAUAACUCUGGAUUUAUGUGAAACAAGGAAACAAGGUACCCGGAAUAUAUAUAAGGAAAAGGAAUACAUAUGAAAAAAGGAAAAAACAGUGAGGGAAACGCAUACAUCUGAAUGCAGAUGUUGGUUUCUAACUCACUAGGAUUGUCUGUGGAGUGAAUUGUUUAUAGAACAUAACUGUACAGUUAAAACUUGGAAAGUGACAUUGAUUACUGCAGUCUAUUAAGUUCGUAAAUGGUGUUGCCCAUAUUAGAUAUUUUACACGUGUUAUAAGAAUAUUGUGCUAGUGGAAAAUCUGAUUGUGCUGGCUUAAUUGAUUCUCAACAUAACAGUACUAAUACAAUUACUUCCUGCUAUUUAAUUGCUGCUAUUUCUACCUCACUGUUUGCUGCUUGAAUAUAUAUAUAUAGAGUUCAUUGUCGAUUUCAUUACACAUUAUGGGUAACGGCGUGGGAAAGGAUCUGGAUGGUGAGCCAGAGACCAGACCCACACCGUUACAUUUUGUAUCAGGCACCUGUGGGAUUAGUGUAACUGAUCCGUUUUGGGUAAAUAUCUGUGACCGCAGUCAGCAACUGUGUAUUACGCAGAUCAGCGAUGUAGGUCCUCGCAAUGAAGGGGACUGGGAGGAGGUUAAAAAAAUGGUGGGGCUUCACCCGAAAUAUAACUAUCCCGUCGGUGCCUGGGAUGAAGAUUAUAUGAAAACAUGUUUUAAGAAAUGGGAGAAGGCAUUAAAAGAGUACAGAAAGAGAUUUCCACCAACCCAUCACAUAUACUUAAAACAGGAUAGGGGGACAAUGAGUAAAAGGGAAGAAGUUCCAUGGUCAGAAAUUCUGCCCUCCUUGCCAGAAAAUCCACCGGCAUAUGACGUGACGGUAUUAGAACCACAAAAGGCAACACUCCCAGCUGUCUCUACAGAGGACAUGUUACAAGACCCUUAUGAUAAGGUCCCCUGUCCAAAACAAGCAACCGCACCAGAAUUAUUAUUAUUUUCUGGUGAGAAUCAAAGGAGAACCGGACUGUACCCGGAUUUGGGGGAUAGAGAUUCCCUUUUGAGUACUGCAGUUAUAGUGGCAGCAGCACUUAUGGAACAAGCAGAUGUGACUCCACAAGUCAAACAGGCUCAGGAAAAAAGAAAUGAAUAUAGAGAGAGCAUGGACAUUUAUGUACAUGAUCUGAUUCAACUGAGGGAUAAACUUAAGACAGACAUAGUCUACAUUAAACAACUUCCCCUUCAUGAUGUCUUUCCCGUCAUAUAUAAUCACGAGGACCCAGAUGAUACUGACCUUCCUAGUGAGCAACAGAUGGAUGAAUUAAAGGGCAUUUUGGGAGGGGAGUGUGGCAGAACCAGAGCUGUGACUAACAAAAAAAAACAGCUGCUGACCGAGAUAGAAAAACUAAGACAGGAGUACUGGAGGGUGAAGAAGGACUGGGAAACCAGAAGCUAUAAGUGUGAUAAAAGUGAAAGGACACUCUGCAAAAGGAGAUUAUCAAGCUAUGGGAAACAACCUAGCAGACAGAGCAGCAAAAAUGGCAGCCAAGAGAGACACGAGAAGGGAAAAUAAGUUAUUAUUCAUGACAGACUUUGAAAGUGAAAACUGGGUGUCAGUAGUAUAUCAACUUCAGAAACAGUCUACCAGUGAGGACAUCAAGUACUGGAAAUCUCAGGGACUGCAGACGACAGGUACAGGUAUGUGGACAAAAGAUCGGAUAUUGGGGGUUCCUACUGCAUCAGCACCGCUCCUAAUAUCUUAUCUUCAUGGUCCUGGACAUUUAGGAAAACAGUACAUAUCAGAACAUUACAAGUCACUGUUCUGUACACACCAAUUGCAGGGAUUGAUAGACGAUCUGGUCGACUCAUGCAUGACUUGUGCACAGAAUAAUGUUCAAGGAAAAGCACACGGAAGACAUGGGAAUCUACCACCCCCUACAGGCCCUCUGCAAGAUUUGCAGAUGGAUUAUACACACAUGCCAAAGCAACCCGGGAAUAUAAGAUAUCUGCUUGUAAUAGUCUGUAGGUUCUCCGGAUGGUGUGUAGCCAUACCUACUUCAGGAGAAACAGCUGGUGUGACAGCUAGGGCAUUGAUAAAUCAAUGGAUUUCACUGUAUGGACUCCCUCGGGUAAUUCAUUCAGAUCAGGGACCUGCUUUCCAGUCCAAACUAAUACAAGAACUGACGAAGAUUCUGGGUUUCCAGUGGAAGCUCAAUAUAGCCUACCACCCUCAAAGUGCAGGAGUAGUAGAAAGAAUGAACAGAACCAUUAAGGAUAGGUUAAAAAAGGCUACUUCAGGAACAUUGAAAGAUUGGCUGAAAUUUCUACCCGCCAUU